AUGGCAAUACAGCAUCUCUGUGGCCGCGUCCUUUUGCCGUUGUUGCUGCCACUGCCAACUGCCACUGCCGUCCCAUACCCGCAAGAGGCCAGUACUUCUUUGACGAUAGAGCCCUCUCAACCUUCGUCGCUCUUAAACCUAUUCCACCCGCCUGUUCUCAGCUCUACCGCGCAGUACCCCCAGGACGGAAGUGCCUUUUUCCAGUCUCAAGCGGCUGGUCAUCAUCAUCUCUACCCGGGUAUAGACGUCCGUUCUCGACUGGGUUCCAACAACUCAUCUACAACGGGGAUGGCACAUCCCUAUCCCCCUUCACAUCGCACCCCAGGCCUCCCGCACCCUGGUCCCCCGAUCAGCACUCGAGAACAGUACGGUCCUGCCACACCGGGGUUUAGGAGGCCAUCCGAGCAUUCUGUUCGAUCGCCCUCCUUUGCCACGCAGCCAAGAGGAAGACAUCCACUGUCGCCAACAACAAGCCCCAACGCGGGCUUCUCGGCUCCAAGCAUGGCCUCCAACGGGUACGGCGGUAGGCCGGCUCAGAACAACAUUCCCCCCCUGCAAGCAGUUCAUAUGCUAGGAAGCCUUCAAUACAACGAUGGCGCAGGAACACCUGUCAAGGUGGAUAUCUCAGGUAUCAUUGACAAGGGCUUCUUUUUAUCGGAGAAUGAGUGGACGUGUUAUCGCAGAAACUACUUCUCUUGCGUCUGCUCCUUUUCUCUGAGCCCUCACAUACCCAACGUUACUAUCCAGUACACUGCUAGUGGCUCAUCACAACCCGUUCCGAUCUUUGGAUUCGCCAUGUCUAUCUCCGCAGUUGUCUCCGACAAUGAGCAGCACAACAUCGAGCUGGUACAGCAUACGCCAAAGAGAGACAAGGGGCCCAUAAUGAAGCCUGAAAAAGUUCGGCUCAGCAACAAGCCCCCACAGACAAGCCACCACCACCAUAUGGGCAUGUUCUCAGAGUCGGUCGUACCCAAUCGUCCUGUUUACCCCGACAAUUUCAGCAAUCAGCCCGGCAGCCAACAGUUACCCACAGAGCACACGUUUGAGCGCAUUCAGUUCAAGCAAGCUACCCAGAACAACGGGAAACGCAGAGCUGCUCAGCAAUACUACCAACUGGUUGUCGAGCUCUGGGGCGAGGUAGCUAAUCAGAGCAGUGGUGAUCAAUACGUCAAGAUAGCCACACGCAAGUCGGCCAAGAUGAUCGUCCGAGGCCGCUCGCCGGGCCACUAUCAAAACGACAGACGCGGAAGCCAAAGCAGCGGACCUGGAGGGUCGUCGGGCAACAUGGGAGGCUACACCGUCAGCGGCAUGGCCGACUUCAACAAUCCCAUGAUGGGUGGUCCAAGCUACGCGACAGGUGGUUUCGACGCACGCAGCAGCCUCUAUGGGGUCCGUCAUCACGAUAUACCGCACGAGUCGAUCAUUCCUCAGGAGGAUUCCAAGGCCAUCGUCACGACCCGAGAGUACCAGUACUAUCCAGCCCCAAUGUACGAGGCGCAGAGCGACCGGAUCGAGCUAUUCAACCCCCGUGGGGAGCGCGAUCAUAACGUUGUGCCGCACAUGGCCACCGGGAUGGACAUGAGUGGCAAGAUCAAGCAUGACUACGACGGCGCCGCUCUACCCAGCAUCUUCCACCCACCAGCUCAGAUUAAUGAUCGUCCGCCGGGGCCCUUCGAGGGCAAGCCAACCUCGAGCGGGUACUACCCCAUCCCGUCGUCCGGCAUCAACAUGGCCAUGACAUCAUGA